ACGAAUGCAAAAUUAAUCCAUGGUGACAGGCAUGUGCGACCUCCCAGCGGACUGCCUGGCGCUGGUCGCCUCCCUGACAUCCCCCGGGGAUGCGUGCAGGUUGGCGGCCACCGCCGUCGCGCUCCGGGCGGCUGCCGACUCCGACCAGGUCUGGGGGAGCUUCCUCCCGGCAGACUGCGCGGACAUCCUCGCGCGGUGCAGCACCCCCGGUGAUGGGCGCUGCCUCGAAGGCGAAACGAACAAGGAGCUCUUCUCCCGACUCUGCGACUGCCCCGUCCUCCUCGACGGCGGCAAGCUGAGCUUCUCGCUGGAGAGGCAUAGCGGCGCCAAGAAGUACAUGAUAGCUCUGUGGCACGGAUUUGGUGGCUACCAGUACUACGGAUUGGAGGACUCGUCCAGUCACACUUUCACCUUCACUCCAGUGUGCAGCUGCGCUCUAGGGAGGUGAGCUUCGAGCCAGGGCGAGGAGUAGGGGGCUCCUUUCGGCGAUGGAACUGGAUGGGGAUGACAUAGCUUCCAUACACGGCUGGCCUCCCUCGGGAGGUGGCCUCCUUCGCGGCGUCGGUUCUUCAAUCAUGUUUUAGGGCUCCAAUGUCUAGUUGUCUUUGCUUUUUGGGCAUUGUUGCUGCUCCUGAGAUCCCUUAUAUAAUGCCGGAGUUUCUCUUUUUUUUUUCUGUGUCUUUCAGUGUUGUGUUGAACUGAAUCGUUGCUGGUAAGGGCUUCAUUUUUUAAAGCCGGGCGCCAUCCUCUUUUCUAGAAACUGAGCCUUACACUUUCGUCAUGUAGAUUCCACGAGGUGGCGCCUCACUCGUACCUGUUGUGGGUGACAUGGACGUCAUCAUGAACACCAAGAACCUCUCGGGCGUCGAUAGAGGCUAUGUUGCCUUUCUCAUAUACAGGGUGCAUUGGUUAUACAUUUGUACAGACACAUCUCAGAACCAAAACCAAGAAGCUGUAGGAGUCCUGCUUCGUCAUUUGCAACAUGAUUGCAACCAUCUCAUGCCUCAUAAGCACUUGUGAUCUCUGUUAUGGGACUGGGUUGGGAACUCGAUGGAUGAUCAUUGGAGAAGAAUCAAAGUUUGAAGCAGCAGUUGAGGCCUGAUGGAGCGAGCAUGAGGAGCGAUGGAUGAUGAGCAAGAGAUUAACAUAGAGCUGGACGAGCAUUGUCUGGAGAGGAAGGGAAAAAAAUGUUUCCAUUGUGUUUAGAGGGUUCACAAGGUCAUGUAGAUGCCAGAUUACCAUAGAAGGGAUCGAGAUUUUUUUUCUCGAAAAAGAGAACAUAUUAAUAUCGCGAAGAUACCAAUUACACCCGGCAAGGGAUCGAAAUAAGGCCGAGAGGAAUGGAAAGUUGAAAUCAUGUCUAAAUGUAUUAGAUAGACACAAAUUCACCGUAUGGUUAGGUCUGUUUACAGGGAUAUUGCAAUUUGCAACUAUGGCGUUGUGUUAAUUUUGUGCUACUUUCCUAGUUAAUUAAUUUAUCUAGAAAUGAAA